UUUUGGUCUUAUCUUCAGUAUUAGUUGCAUAUGUUACGGCAAGCGGGGUGAAUGUAACAGAUCGGUUUUUUUGUAAUUUUCUCUUCCAAUUUAUCUAUUUUGCAAUUGCCUCAUGAAAUCCAUGCGAAGAGUGCACUUUUUUAAGUUAUAUUUUUAGUUUGCAUGCCAAUUUUCUGUUUAUUUUUUAAAUCAUUUUCUACACGACUCCCAUUUCAUCAACAAUACAUCUUCGUAAGUGAGGAUGAUAUAUUGAAUAGGUGCACAAAAAUAUUGUAAAUAAUAAAGUGCGACCUAAUAAAACGGCUUGAGGUGGAAUCCAAUCGAGUGGAUAAUUUUAAUCAACGUUUUUCAUAAAUUUGAUCGUUUUUGAUUGCUCAAUAUGGAAGAUCACAGUGGACAUACGCAUCAUGGAAUGGAUCAUGGAAUGGAUCACGGCAUGGAUCAUUCCCAGAUGGGUCACGAUCACUCUGGACACAGUGCUCAUGGGGACCAUUCGGGACACGAUGGUAACAGUCGUAAUUGCUGUGGAGAUAGCGGGGGAGGUCACAUGGAACACAUGAUGGAUAUGACUUUCCACUUUUCUUGCAAAGAAACAAUUCUGUUCAAGGAAUGGGACAUCGAUUCGGUUGGUGGUCUCAUUGCAUCGGUUCUGGUGAUUGCAGUCAUGGCCGCUCUUUACGAAGGAUUGAAAUAUUAUCGCGAAUACUUGUUCUGGAAAACAUACAAUAGCCUACAAUAUCGGGCCGUCACACUCCCAGACAAGACUGCCGUUGUAGGUGCCAGCAGCGAAGAUACGACUCGAGUGAACAUGGUUGGUGAGGUCAUGCACAGACAACCGCCAAAAAUGACCAGUUUCAUGCACAUUUACCAGACGUUUCUUCAUGUCGUACAAGUAACGCUGAGCUUCUUGCUGAUGUUAAUAUUCAUGACAUACAACGUAUGGCUUUGCAUGGGCGUUGUUGUCGGAGCGGCAAUCGGCUACUUUUUAUUUGGAUGGAAAAAAUCGGUCAUUGUUGACAUUACGGAGCACUGCCACUAACCGCUCAACGAUUCUUGUUAUGCAAAAGACAUUUUAUCAAACGUUGGCCACACGAAUAAAACAUUACUAUUUAUAGGCGUAUCAAAUUGUAAACAAACAUUUUUUUCUAAUUAUUUUGAAAAUUUUAUUUUGAAAAUAACUUACAGGCAAAUGAAAUGAACGGAAUUUAAAAUAAAAACAUCGGAUAUAAAUGGAA